GCGGGCGACUGACUAAACACUUCAGUCGGCGGACUGACUAAACCAAGUUCAUUCUGCCAUUUGCACCCUCCAAGCAAGAUGAACCUCUACCCUCAGACGACGUACGAGCUCGACGCCGGCCGCGCGCUCAACCACGCCGACCUCCAGAUCGACAACUGGUGCCACGAGAUCAAGUCGGCCUGCGCUGGCAUCGGCACGGACGAGAACAAGCUCACGCAGGUCAUCGGCACCAAGUCGGCCGUCCAGCGCCACCUCAUCGCGCUUCGCUACCCGGAGCUCCACAAGACGACGCUCCUCGCCGAGCUCAAGGGCGAGACGUCCGGCGACUACGGCAAGCUCCUCCAGCUCCUCGCCCAGCCCAUCGAAGAGGCCGAGGCCCAGAUCAUCCGCGAAGCUACCAAGGGCGCCGGCACGUCCGAGAAGCUGCUCAUCCCCGUGCUCUCGGGCCGCUCCAACGAAGAACUCAACAUCCUCAAGAAGGCCUUCUUCAAGAACUACCAGAACGACAUGGUCGUCGUCCUUGCUGACGAUCUCGGCGGUGACCUCAAGAAGUUCUACCUCUCGGUCGUCAACCAGAUGCAGCAGACGUUCAACCCCGAGAUCCACACGCAGGCCAAGGCCGUCGAGGUGGCCGAGGUCAUUUACAAGGCCGGUGAGGGCAAGUGGGGCACGGACGAGGCGACGUUCUGCAACGCGAUCUGCUCGAUCCCGCCGCAGUUCAUGCCGGCCGUCAAUGCCGCGUACGUGGCCAAGCACGGCCAUACGCUCGAGCGUGCGAUCGAAAAGGAGUUUGGCGGCAAGGCCAAGGAAGCGCUCCUCUACCACGUCGGCAUGAUCCUUCACCCGAUCGAGACGAUCGCGGUCCAGUUUGAAAAGACGAUGAAGGGCAUCGGCACCGACGAGUACGGUCUCUCGACGGCGCUUGUCCGCUACCAGCACUUUUUGCCGCAGGUCAAGCAGGCGUACCAGGCCAAGUACGGCUCGUCGCUCCGCGACCGCGUCCGCCACCAACCUGCACAACGAUAG